CCCCCCGGAGCCUCCGUGACCUCCCUGCAGCCCGCCCUCCCUUAGGCUCGGGGCGAGCGCUUCCGGGCGCUCCUGCAGCCCGCCCUCCACGUAGCCCACGCCUCCCUCUCGGUGCUCCGUUUCCCACGAGGUCCGCGCCCUGUUCUUUCCUCCUCCACCCCGCCCUUCUGCCCCUCUCCCUUCCUUUCUCCCCGCGACUCGUCCCUGUUAGGCACCAGCCCGCUGUCGUCCAGCCGGCCGUGGUUGUCAAGGCCCACACCCUUAGCUAGGCCCCGUCCUUCUCCUUUCCCUGGGUCUUGUGUCUCAUGACCCCCUCCACUGGGAGGGGGCGCGAUGUGGAGAGGUGCAUCUGGGCAAAUCCGGAAGCAGAACUUCAUCCAAGACGGAGGAGGGGACCGUUAGGUCACCCCAUGUGAUAACUGAAGCCUGCACCCACAGACCCCAGCAGCUUGGAACCCUGUAGCCCAGGGAAUGCUUCUGGCCGUGGGGUGACCCAGCUCUUCUGCCACCAUGAACAGGGCCCCUCUGAAGCGGUCCAGGAUCCUGCGCAUGGCGCUGACUGGAGCCUCCGUUGCCUCGGAGGAGGCCGAUGCAGACAGCAGGAACAAGCCGUUUCUGCUGCGGGCGCUGCAGAUCGCACUGGUGGUCUCCCUCUACUGGGUCACCUCCAUCUCCAUGGUAUUCCUCAACAAGUACCUGCUGGACAGCCCCUCCCUGCAGCUGGACACCCCAAUCUUCGUCACCUUCUACCAGUGCCUGGUGACCUCGCUGCUGUGCAAAGGCCUCAGCACCCUGGCCACCUGCUGCCCUGGCACCGUUGACUUCCCUGCUCUGCACCUGGACCUCAAGGUCGCCCGCAGUGUGCUGCCACUGUCGGUGGUCUUCAUCGGCAUGAUAAGCUUCAAUAACCUCUGCCUCAAGUACGUGGGGGUGGCCUUCUACAACGUGGGGCGCUCGCUCACCACCGUGUUCAACGUGCUUCUGUCCUACCUGCUGCUCAAACAGACCACUUCCUUCUACGCCCUGCUCACAUGCGGCAUCAUCAUUGGUGGCUUCUGGCUGGGUAUAGACCAAGAGGGAGCUGAGGGCACCCUGUCCCUGGUGGGCACCGUCUUCGGGGUGCUGGCCAGCCUCUGCGUUUCCCUCAACGCCAUCUAUACCAAGAAGGUGCUGCCGGCGGUGGACAACAGUAUCUGGCGCCUAACCUUCUAUAACAACGUCAAUGCCUGCGUGCUCUUCUUGCCCCUGAUGGUACUCCUGGGCGAGCUCCGUGCCCUCCUUGACUUUGCUCACCUGGACAGUGCCCACUUCUGGGUCAUGAUGACGCUGGGCGGCCUGUUCGGCUUUGCCAUCGGCUACGUGACGGGGCUGCAGAUCAAGUUCACCAGCCCCCUGACCCACAACGUGUCAGGCACAGCCAAGGCCUGCGCGCAGACGAUACUGGCUGUGCUCUACUAUGAGGAGACUAAGAGCUUCCUGUGGUGGACCAGCAACCUGAUGGUGCUGGGCGGCUCCUCCGCCUACACCUGGGUCAGGGGCUGGGAGAUGCAGAAGACCCAGGAGGACCCCAGCCCCAAAGAGGGCGAGAAGAGUGCCGUCGGGGUGUGAGCUCCUUCAGAGACCCGGGGGGCUGAGCCCAGGUAGGGCCUUCACAGCACCGGAGGCUUCCCAUGGAGCCAGCUGGUGCGGCCCUGAGCAACAUGGUUUACAUCCUCCUUGGAAUAUAAUCUAAGAGGAGCCGGGGUCUUUCCUGGGAAUGUCAGAAAGCUGCCGAAUCUCCUGUCCACCCAGCCUGUUUUGGGAAAACUCUACUGGGAGUGGGCACCCCUUCCGGCCUCCUCUGGGGGCCCUGUCUACCUCCAUGUCGCCUCUGGGGUUGGGACCAGCCGCAGCCUUCAGAGGCCGAAUUGAUAAAGUAAUGUCUUGCCCUCCGCACAAGGGAGAGGGGAUAUGACUCCGCUAUGGCUGGUUGAAGGGAGUUGGGUGACUCUGGGACCCAGGGCAGGUAGAGCAGUCAGGUGCUAUUAACAUCAGGAACACCCCAGCCUGCCUUUGGCGGGAGGUGGGAGCUUGGCCAAGGGAGGAAAUGGCCAUUCUGCCCUCUUCUCUGUGGAUGGGUAUGGCAGACCCAUUCAUGGGCGCUGCAGCCAGGCAUGGCUGAUGAAAAAACAUUCACCUCUGCACUCCAUACUGCAGCUUUAGAACAGGGGGAGCCACACACCUUUUACAGGUUAAGUAGGGUGACGAACCCCUCCACAGCCCCUAACCCCGGCUUUACUGCCUGGGUUCUCUUGGCCCAGAGGGGCCACCAUCCCUUUCUCCAGCACUUGGCCCAGCUACCUAGCUGUAAUCCGUUUCUGUACUCUCUUCUCCAUCAUCGGCCUCCCCCAACACCUCCAUCUGCAGGUAGGUAGUGGGGUCCACUCAUAGCCUCUGUUCCCAUGUGCUUGGACCCCCGAGUCGCUCAUGACAGUAAGAGACAUUUUAUGUUCUCUGAGACUGGGACUAAAGGAGCCCACUGAUUCUCAGAAUUAGCCCAUCUGGCUCCCAUCACAAAAUAGCCUAGACCAGGUGGCUAAGAACAGAAGUUGGUUUGUAACUGUGCUGAGGACAGCAAAGCUCAGAUCAAGGCACUCAUAGACCCGGUGUUUCAGAGAAACACUCUGUCCACACACUCAUGUGGGAAAAGUACAGACAGACAAGCUCCCCCGGGCCUCUUAGAUAGGAGCUCUAGCCCCAUUCAUGAGAGUUCUACCCCAUGACCUGAUCACCUCCAAAGCCUUCAACAUAAAGACUCUAACCUGAAUCCGGGGACAGAGGCGCUCAGACCAUAAGCCCAGCCCCACCCCCUCAUGACCUCAGGGUGGCGUCAUUCUCCUGGUCCCUUCUCUUGCCUUUUGUACCCUCGUUUCCUUGGGGUAAUGUCUGAUGUUUUUGUUCCUGUCAUAAAAAGACGGGGAGACUGUGUCCAGUCUUUGAUUCCUGUUUCCCAGGUUCUAAUGAAGUUGGUGGGGCCUGAUGCCCUGAGUUGUAUGUGAUUUAAUAAUAAAAAUAAAAAAAAUAGCAAGACAUA